AACCUCUAUCUUCCAAAGAAAAAUAAAAGUACAAAAUAAAAUAAAAUAAAAAAAUAGAGAGAAAAGAAAAACCUAACUUUUCGAAGCGAAUUGUAAGAAAUGCUAUAACAAUGGUGAUUUUCAGGUCUCUGAAAUCAAUAGCGAGCAACACAAACACCAUUGCUAAAACCUUCCUCACUCCAUCAACAACAUCAACAAUCACCACUUCUACUUUCUUCCCCUUUUCUCCAUUAUUACACAACGCGCUUUUUCGCUUUCCUUCUCAACAUAACGGCCCUCUCUUCCUCGCUUCACCGCCCUGGAAGCUCUCUCAAUCCGCUACUCCUCUUUAUUUUCACCCAAACGUCGUCGUUUUUCGCAAGGUUAAAGCUAUUAAUCUCAACUUGCUUCGGAUCGCAACCACUCCUUUACCAUUCCACCGUCGUGUCAAUUCCAAUUCUAACCAUUCACCCCACCACACACUUCUCCACACUUUCCUCAAUGCGCCAAAUCUCAUUUCUUUUACUCGAUUGAUUUCGGGUCCUUUUCUUGGAUGGAUGAUUGUGAAUGAUAUGUAUACUUCGGCAAUGGUGGGGUUGGCUAUCUCUGGAGGGAGUGAUUGGCUGGAUGGUUAUGUGGCUAGGAAGAUGAAGGUUGAUUCUGUAGUUGGUUCCUACCUUGAUCCCCUUGCUGAUAAGGUUCUUAUUGGUUGUGUUGCUGUUGCAAUGGUUCAUAAAGAUCUACUGCAUCCUGGACUUGUUGGGCUUGUUGUGUUCCGCGAUGCCUUCCUUGUCGGCGGUGCAGUAUUUCAAAGAGCUAGUAGCUUGGGUUGGAAGUGGAAAAGCUGGUUUGAAUUUUUUAACCUUGAUGGGACAUGUCGACAAAAGGUUGAGCCACUCUUUAUAAGCAAGGUAAAUACAGUGUUCCAGUUAGUGUUAGUUGCUGCAGCUCUUCUUCAACCCGAUUUUGGAACCCCAGAAACUCAAUCAUACAUUACUUAUCUAAGCUGGUUAGUGGCUUCAACAACAGUGGCAUCUAGCGCGGCAUAUGGUGUACAAUAUAUGAGAUCUCCAGUUGUAUUAAAGUCGGCCUAGUUGAUGUUUAGUUGAUUCAAGUAACAAGAAACUUGCUGAAGUGCUGAUUUGAGCAGAGUGCGUCAGCAGGCAAAUAAAUGAAUAAUUACCAGCUUAUUUAAUUACACAUUAAAAAAAUAGUUGCAGUACCAGAAAAAAGAUAGAAGAAAGGGUUACAUUUGUAGACUUGUUCAGUCAAAUUAAUAGUUUUAUUUUACUUUUGAUGCAUCUAAGGAUGUUCCAAAUUUAAUAGUAAAAUGUCUACACGACUAAUACAAAUAGGAAAAUAUGGUUUAAAAGAUAUAAAUUGUAUUCAUAA